UGUGAAAACUGUUCUGUUAAACAUCAUCUGGGAAAUAUGUGUAACAGGAUCACAGGAGGGUGAAUAAUUUCGGCUUCAACCGUAUGUCUUUAACUACCAAACACAAAGCUUUAGAUGCGAAUGAUGAGAGAUGCAGGAUAGUGAUUCUCUGUCAGUGAGUAAAGAAGAGGAGGAGAGAGGAAGAGGACUGAAGCUGAUUCUGCUGCAGAUCUGGAGAACAAAACACCUAAAACUGAAGAUCCGUCAGCUGGAGGAUCAGAAAACAUCACUCACUUCGGCAGAUCCCAACAUAAACUCCACCAUCAUUCCAACUCUUUCCUCAAAGCCGGAGAACUCUCUGGAAGUCCAGCUGGUCACCAUAUCAUUGUCUUUACUCAUCUGUGGAGUGGGAAUCGCUGGGAACAUCAUGGUGGUUCUGGUGGUGAUCCAAAGCAAGCAUAUGAUGACCGCCACCAACUGCUACCUGGUGAGUCUAGCAGUAGCCGAUCUGACCGUUCUGAUGGCCGCCGGGUUGCCAAAUAUUUCAGAAGUCACCUCUUCGUGGAUUUAUGGGUACACCGGAUGUGUUUGCAUCACAUAUCUGCAAUACCUGGGCAUCAAUGUAUCCUCCUGCUCCAUCACAGCCUUUACUAUUGAACGAUAUAUUGCAAUCUGCCACUCCAUCAAAGCCAAACUCAUCUGCACCGUAUCCAGAGCCAAAAAGAUCAUCGCCUGUGUGUGGAUCUUCACAGCUAUAUACUGCAUCAUGUGGUUUUUCCUGGUGGACACUGAGGAGACUGUUUAUUCUAAUGGUGUCGUGGUCCGGUGUGGAUAUCGGGUGUCCAGGAGUCUCUACAUGCCCAUAUAUUUUAUGGACUUCACACUGUUUUAUGUGGUUCCUCUGCUCGUGGCUUUGGUUCUGUAUGGUUUGAUUGCCAGGAUCUUGUUUCGAGAUCCGCCAUCAUCCAACAUCUCCAAUCAGAGAUUUACGGCUCAACAGGGCAGACGGCAAAACUCGCUAAAAGUGAACUGCAAACCCAACAGAGCAGCAUCCUCCAGAAAACAGGUGACACAGAUGCUGGCAGUGGUGGUUGUUGUCUUCGCUCUGCUCUGGUUGCCGUAUCGGACUCUAGUGGUGGUGAAUUCUCUGCUGGAUCCGCCAUAUCUGGACACCUGGUUCCUGCUGUUCUCCCGCAUGUGCAUCUACACCAACAGCGCUGUCAACCCCAUCAUCUACAACGCCAUGUCGCAGAAGUUUCGUGCUGCGUUCAAGAGGCUCUGCGACUGCAAACACAGGACAGAUCAGGGCCGAGCGGGAACACACACUGUGACUGUCUAUUACGGUGUAAUAAAAGAGCUCUCCAGUGAAAACAGCAUGAAGAAACAAGACAAUACGAACACAGACACCUUCAGUCCUGCUUGAACUAAUCUCUUUACAAGCAAAAAGCUGCAUGUCUAGAAGAAAGAAAGCAAUAACACAUGAAAAAGGACUAUGCUCAUUCAGAGUAAAUAUAGUGUUUAAACCAUAUUAGUUAAUAAGUAUAGUUGUGGGGUGACACGGUGGCGCAGUGGGUAGCAGGAUCACCUCACAGCAAGAAGGUCGCUGGUUCAAGCCUCGGCUGAACCAGU